AUAUAGUGAAUGCAGGGUCUGGGUAGACCAGAUAUAGUGAAUGCAGGGUCCGGGGAGACCAGAUAUAGUGAAUGCAGUGUCCUGGGAGACCAGAUAUAGUGAAUUCAGGGUCCUGGGAGAGAUCAGAUAUAGUGAAUGCAGGGGUCCUGGGAGACCAGAUAUAGUGAAUGCAGGGUCCUGGGAGACCAGAUAUAGUGAAUGCAGGGUCCUGGGAGACCAGAUCUAGUGAAUGCAGGGUCCUGGGAGACCAGAUAUAGUGAAUGCAGGGUCCAGGGAGACCAGAUAUAGUGAAUGCAGGGUCAGGGGAGACCA